CUAGGCAUGCAGACUGCUUCUAAAACAGCUGUGAAAGAAUGGGUCGCUCUCAGGAGCUCAGUGAACUCAAGCAUGGUACCGUGAUAGGUUGCCACAUGUGCAAUAAGUUCAUCCGUGAAAGUUCCUUGGUACUAAAUAUUCCACACUCAACUGUGAGUGGUAUUAUAACAAAGUGGGAGCAACAACAACUCAGCCAUGAAGUGGUAGGCCACCACUGGACUCUAGAGCAGUGGAGACGUGUUCUCUGGAGUGACGAAUCACGAUUCUCUGUCUGGCAAUCAGAUGGAUGUGUCUGGGUCUAGCGGUUGCCAGGAGACCAGUACUCACCUGACUGCAUUGUACCAAGUGUAA